AUGUCAUCAUCAUCGGCGCAUGUAUCGAAGUGUGAAUUUUGGACGAGAUUUGAGCAUUGGAAGAGGGAUUUGGAAACAAUGCAAAUAUUAUAUAAGAAUGAAUUAUGUGCAAUUUUGGCUCAAAAAAAACCUGAGGCAUUAUGUACCUUGAAUUCAUUUAAGCAAACGAAAAAACUGACUACAACCAUUACCAAAGCAAUUGAAAUAAUAAGAAAGGGGCUAAUGGCAAAUGAUGAAUUCUUUCAAUAA